AUGGUUCGCGCAAUGUCCACAAUCAGGGGCGACGCACCGCCUGCUGCGCAUGCCGAGGUUGGUUCGGGACUGCAAGCCGGUCUGGACGCCCCUGCGCCAAUUGAUGCUGGAAUUGAGACUUGGGAAGACACCCAUGAGCGAACCCCAUUAUUGCAACAAGACAACGAAGAAUCCCAACCGGAGCCUGAUUAUCGGGCCGGCCCACGAGAUGAUGCUCCCACCGAUCAAAAAGGUCUUUGGCAGACAUGGAGAAGGCCAAGCGUCCUUUGGAUUCUUCCAUUUCUUGUCAUUUAUAUGCUAGGAUUCGGCGGCACUGCAGUGCCCAAGAUUAACCUGAUGAUGUCUCUCAUUUGCAGAGACUAUAUGGCCAGAAAAGCGACCCAGGAUCCAGGUUUCACGUAUUUGCCUGUCAUCAUUGGGAAUAAGAAUUCGCAGUGUCAGACACCCGAAGUUCAGUCAUUACUUGCUCAGUUCCAGUUGUAUUUCAAUCUCCUGGCCGGGAUACUAUCUGCGCUAGCAUGCCCCCGACUGGGUCACCUAUCAGAUCGCUACGGUAGGACAAAGAUACUGGCCCUUAGCGCAUUGGGGACCGUUUUGGCGGAAGCUAUCUUUGUCUUUGUCGCAGCCAAGCCAGACCUUGUAUCUGUGAAUGUGCUUCUAGUGGCUGCCAUCGUCGAUGGCGUCUGUGGUUCUUUCACCACCAUCAUGGCGCUGACAAUGUCGUAUGCCUCCGACUGCACCAUCCCAUCGAAGCGGAGUGCGGGAUUCGGGUAUGUGUACGGCUCUCUUUUCGCCGGAGUUGCAGCCGGGCCUCUGCUGGCGGCUAUCUUGAUCAAGCAAUCAGGCCAGGCACUGAGUACCUUUGAGGCCUCAUUGGCCAUGCAUGCGCUCUACCUCAUUGCGCUUAUGACCAUUAUCCCGGAAUCAUUAUCAACAGAACGUCAGCAGCAAGCGCGAGACAAUCAUCGAAGAAAAGUCAUCGACGAAGGGGAGGCAGGCUGGCUGAGUCUGGAGAACCUCAACCCCAAAAGGCUAAUUACACCUUUAUCUGUUUUGCUACCGCCAGUAGGACGUCCCAGCACGCUUUUCCCUAAUCGUCACGGCGCGAGUCCGGCCUUGCGCAGAAAUAUUAUUCUUCUUACAGCGAUAGAUACUAUUGCAUUUGGGGUCGCAUUGGGAACCGCUCAAGUGGUCAUUAUUUAUGCCGAGUACAAAUUCGACUGGGGCAAUGUGGAAUCAAGCCUCUUCAUAUCAAUUAUCAGCAUCGCCCGAGUCGUGAACCUCUUUGUUGUAUAUCCGAUUAUCACCGCAAUCUUCCGUGAACCACACAAACCAGAUCACAUCGUUCCCGGGUCCAGCACCUGCGAAGUUGUUCUUAUACGACUUUCUCUCUUAUUAGACAUGGCUGGCUAUGUGGGAUAUGCAAUGUCAAAUCAGGGUUCCUUCAUGGUAUUCUCGGGAAUAGUCACAGCGCUUGGCGGCAUGGGGAUACCGACAAUGCAAUCAUCUCUCACGAAACAUGUCCCUCGGGAACGGUUAGGUCAGAUCCUUGGUGCGAAAGGACUCUUGCAUGCGCUGGCUCGAGUGAUUGCGCCAACCGCUUGCAGUCUCCUUUACAGCCUGACGGUUGGAAAGUUCACUCCAGCGGUAUUUGUUGUUCUGGGGGCCUUGUUCUUGCUCACCUUCUGUAGCAGUUUUUACAUUAAACCACAUGGAAUGUCUGCUAACGAGUCGGUGUUUGGCAGUUACUCUUGA